AUGUGCUCGUCAAGUGCCGAUGGCGAUGGCGAUGGCGAUGGCGAUGGCGUCGACUUCGGUGUGCGUUGUGGAGUAGGUGAAAGCGCGGUGGAGGAGGGAGCAGAGAAAAUGACAUGGAAGCAGCGUCCCGUCAAAGCCAAAACGUCGGGUGCGCCAGAAGACUUUGCUAUCAGAUACGAUGACUCCAUUCUCCUGAUAACGCUAACGUUCUCGGGGAAGCUUAGGUGUAAUACACUAUGUACGCAGGGGUGGGAAAUUUAG